AUGCGAUUCGAUCGGUUCACACUAACGGCUUAUGCCGUUCCUGACGCAUUGCUCACCAUGGUGACGUGUGGGGAGGAGGAAGAGAAGGGACGAGACUACGCGGGAAAGGAGAAAGAGAAAGUGGGAGAGGAGAUUUUAGGGUUAGCGCGGAGAGGGAGUUGGAGGCUGGGAGGGAGGGGAGGGGGGCUGCGAGGAGAAAGCUGGAGGCGAAGGAUCUGCAAAGCGCUCGCAAUCAUCCGCUCCACCAUGGCUCUCCUCCUCGUUUUCAUGGUUCCGCUGCUCCUAUCCAUCUCAGGCAGCGCAAAUGGCGCCGGAACGUUCGGUUUGUCAAGCAGGCGAGGGCUGCAGCAGGUGGGGCAGCCGACGUGCCCUGCGCAGUGCCAGGUGGGCCCCCGAGGGCCGCUCGAUGGCUGCGACUUCGCCUUUGAGGGCUCCCUCGAAUCCAUCCCCACCUUCGACAUCGUGCCACCCAACGCUACAGCGGGCGACUUUGCGAUCAGCCCGGCAGUGGUGGUGAAGGAGGGCAGCGGGGUGACCAUCUCAAGCACCGGCAUCGCCACCUUCUUCUGCACCACGGCGCUCACGGGCCCGUGCGACGCUGGUAACCAGUUCUACGUCACCUCGGAAGGCAACAGCUCCCGGGUCUUCGUGCGCUCCUUCAGCCAGCAAGCUGUGGCGUUCUUUCAGAACAGGUGGGUGUGGCUGCCGAUCCUCACGGCGCAGAUCCCCCAGGGCGGCACAGUGCUGAACAUCAACCCCGGCGACAACAACCCCACGUACCCCGAGGCCCGCCGCUGCGUCGUCUUCAAGACCGGCCCAAACCCCCCGACACCGCAUUCCCACCAACCACCACCGCAUUCCCACCCAUCCUCUCCGCAUCAACCGCUCUUCCUCCCAUCCACGUGGCGCCCGCGGAACCCCCCACUGAAACGCGGGGAAGGAGCGGGGAAGCUUCUGUUCAUAGACGCACACGUGGCAGGUGCGGCAGGGGACAUGCUAGUAGCAGCACUGCUGGACUUGGGCGUGCCAUCAACAGUGGUGGAGGGGGCAGUGGAGGCGAUGGGGCUCUCUCAUGUCACCUCAAUUGACACAGGGGACAUGCUGGUAGCAGCACUGCUGGGCCUGGGCGUGCCAUCAACAGUGGUGGAGGGGGCAGUGGAGGCCAUGGGGCUGUCUCAUUUCACAUGCCGGGUGGAGGCGACUCAACGAUCCGCUAUUGCUGCUCUGCUCUUCUCGGUGGAUGACGGGGCGAACCAGCCCUACAGGGACUACGCGGCCAUCCGCCAUCUGCUGGCCAAUAGCAGCCUGCCACGUGGCGCCAGGGACAUUGCCAGCCGGGCGUUUCGGCUGCUAGCGGAGGCGGAGGCGUGUGUGCAUGGCAUGGCGAUGGAUGACGUGCAUUUCCAUGAGGUGGGCGCAGUGGACAGCAUAGUGGACAUGGUGGCGGCAGCAGCAGCCAUAGACUUCAUCGCACCAUCGCACAUAGCAGCCUCGCCCCUACCCAUGGCACGAGGCAUCAUCACUGGCGCUGCUCACGGCCCCCUGCCCUCCCCCGCCCCCGCCACCCUCGAGAUCCUUUGUCGAGCAUCUAUCCCCACAUUCGCUGCAGGGUGCAAGGGCGAGUUGGUCACCCCGACAGGUGCAGCCCUCCUUGGCGCCAUCACUCACACUUGGACCCCCUGGCCUGAAUGCCGCCCUUGCCGAGCCUCGUACGGAGCUGGCACCAAGGUUCGGCAGGACCGGCCCAACCUGCUGCGACUGGUGCUGGCAGAUCCAAUGUGA